AUCACGCAAAAUGGAGGGAGUGGGAUUGUGGAACGGGGCGGGUUGUCCAUUUACCCAAUCGGACCCUCCACAAACACAGAGAGAGAGAGAGAGAGAGAGAGAGAGAGAGAGCUCUGCAACAGAAUUACACUCCAGCCCGCCCACCGAAGAGAAACUCGGUAGCUCCGAAGGGCCCGUGACGUCGACCGCCAUAGCUCAUCAAAAUUGUUUAUGGCGAUGCUGUGAAGCUUUUGGAAAUGGCGUUCGAGAUGUGACCAAAGGCCAUUCAAAACCUGAAAAGUUAAUAAAAUUGUUAAUGUCAUUCCCUUGACAAGAUGGAUGGUGAGGUGAUUGGUGUCAAGGGGAACCAGAGGCCAAAAGAUGGGGAAGCAAACAUUGAGAGGAAAAAGGAUGGAAAAAGGAAUAGAGAAACGCAUGCAGAACAUAAGGAUGGAAAACAGAAUUUGCUUGGAUAUUCUACUGAAGAAGAGUCUAGUAAUGAGGUUGAAAAGCCAUUUGUUGGAAUGGUGUUUGAAUCUGAAGAAGCAGCAAGGAAAUAUUAUGAUGCAUAUGCUAGGCAUGGGGGUUUUAGUACUCAUGUUGGUCAGUACAGCCGGGCUAAGCCUGAUGGACCCAUUGUUAGUUGGGACUUUUCAUGUUCCAGAGAGGUUUUUAAGAGGAAGAAUGUUGAAAGUUGCAAUGCAAUGAUCCGAAUAGAGAGAAAAAACACAGAAAAUUGGAUUGUGACUAAGUUUGUUGAAGAUCACAACCAUUCUAUAGUGGGUCCCAGCAAGGUGCAUUAUCUUCGGCCUCGAAGACAUUUUGCUGGUGCUUCAAAAAAUGUGGUGGAAAUUCCUGACAGCCAAGCUGAUGCUAUGGUCUCCAUGGAUGGAAACCAUGUAAGUUGCAAUACUAAUCAAGGUGUUCAUAAUGCAGUCAGUACUAAAGGUGUUCCAAUUGCAAUGGCUACUAACCAAUGUACUCAAAUUGCAGCCAAUACUAAUCAGGUUCUGCAGAAUGCUUUUUCAUUAGAGGCUAAUCAUAUAACAAGGACUAUCAGCCCUGUUACACCAGUAAAUUUUAUUCAACCCUGCAGCCGGAGAAGAGCUCUGGGAAGAUAUGCUCAGAAUCUCCUUGACUAUUUCAAAAAGAUGCAAGCUGAAAAUCCUGGUUUCUAUUAUGCUAUACAGCUUGAUGAAGACAACAGGAUGACAAAUGUAUUCUGGGCCGAUGCUAGAUCAAGAGUAGCAUACAGUCACUUUGGUGAUGCUGUCAUAUUUGAUACAAUGUAUAGACCAAAUCAAUUCCAAGUUCCUAUUGCUCCAUUCACUGGAGUUAAUCAUCAUGGUCAAAUGGUUUCAUUUGGCUGUGCAUUACUUUUUGAUGAGUCUGAAUCUUCUUUUACGUGGCUUUUCCAAACGUGGUUAUCUGCUAUGAAUAACUGUGCACCUGUUUCUAUAACAACUGACCAGGAUAGAGCCAUUAAGGCUGCAAUAAACCAGGUCUUGCCAGGAACCCGUCACUGCAUUUGCAAGUGGCAUAUUCUGCGAGAAGGGCAAGAGCGGUUGACUCAUGUGUAUAUGGCUUAUCCAUCCUUUCAUGGGGAGUUGUAUAGUUGCAUUAACUAUUCUGAGACAAUUGAGGAUUUUGAAUCAUCUUGGACUUCUCUACUUGAUAAAUUUGAUGUCCAUAAUAAUGAGUGGCUCCAAGCCGUAUAUAUUGCUCGCCAGCAGUGGUCUCCUGUAUAUUUUCGAGAUACAUUCUUUGCUGUACUUUCAUCAAAACAUGGCGUGAGCUCCUUCUUUGAUGGGUAUGUGAAUCAGCAGACAGCUCUGCCUGAUUUUUUCAAACAGUAUGAAAGAGCUUUAGAGAAUUCACUUGAAAGAGAAAUUGAAGCAGACUUUGAUACAAUUUGCACAGCACCAAUGCUGAAAACCCCAUCACCAAUGGAACAACAAGCCGCAAACUUAUACACCAGAAAAGUUUUCACUAAGUUUCAAGAAGAAUUAGUUGAAACUUUUGUUUAUACUGCCAACAAGAUUGAUGGUGAUGAGGUACUAAGCAAAUUUCGGGUUGCAAAAUAUGAACAUGAUGAUAAAGCAUUUAUAGUUGAAUUGAAUUUUGCCGAGACAAAAGCAAGUUGCAGCUGUCAAAUGUUUGAGUAUUCUGGCAUUCUCUGUAGACAUAUAUUAACUGUAUUUACUGUGACAAAUGUUCUCACAGUUCCAUCACAUUAUAUAUUAAAGCGGUGGACAAGGAAUGCAAAAUCUGUACUUGGGUCAGAUGAACAAGAUGCUGUAGCACGAGCUAUUGACUCUUUGGCGUCACGUUUCAACAAUUUAUGUCAGGAUGCUUUAAAAUAUGCAGAAGAAGGAGCAGUUGCUGUGGAGACCUAUGAUGCAGCAAGUAGUGCUCUAAGAGAAGGGUCAAGAAAGAUUGCCAUUAUGAAGAAACAUGUGGCCAAAGUCCGACCUCCUACUGCACUUGCCAGUGGAAAUCCCAAUGAUGAUAGUAACAAAAAAACUCCUUCAACUACAUCUGACACAGGGUGGCCCUGGCAAGAUGUAAUGCCAUAUCACAUUAAUCUCAAUGAUGUAGGUGUGCCUGUUGGUGAUUUGGAUCAACCAACCAUGACUCCUGUGGCCAUAAACCGUGAUGCUUCCUUUGCUGAUAAUACGGUUGUCUAUACUUGUUUCAAGUCUAUGACAUGGAUGAUUGAAAGUAAAAAUCCAGCAAAUAAAGUUGCUGUCAUCAAUUUGAAGCUGCAAGACUAUGGCAAGAGUCCAGCUGGAGAAACUGAAGUGCAAUUUCGACUUACAAGAGUUACACUGGAGCCAAUGCUGAAAUCCAUGGCUUACAUAAGCCAACAGCUUUCAAUGCCAGCAAAUAGAGUUGCUGUUAUCAAUCUAAAGCUCCAAGAUACCAAGACAACUUCUGGAGAAACAGAAGUGAAAUUUCAAGUUUCGAGAGAUGCACUUGGUUCGAUGUUGAGAUCAAUGGCUUAUAUUCAUGAGCAACUGUAACAGUAGUUUAUCGAGACAGCAGCUGACAAAUACGCUUCAAUGAGAUGCGUUAUGGACUUUCUUACUUGGGUUAGUUAGGUGACCCGGCAUACUGAUGUAAAAGGGAGUUGAAACUUAGUCGUGUAUGUAUCUAUAUUGUGAAUUUUCUGUAUUUCUUAACAGAUUAGGCUCUAGUUUUAGGUACACCUAAUCAAUUUCUUUGUAUUAGGAGUAGUCAAUAUGAAACUGAUAUAUUUGUUGCAUAAAUGUGGGUUUUUCUGUGCAGUUAGAAUGAUAUCCCCAGAGUGUUAAUGACU